ACCAUUAGGGUAAUUUCCUCAUUUUUCUUUUCUUGUUGUCAUGAUUCUUUUCCUUCCGCGUUAAGGCCGGGCACCAAUUUUCAUGGGUAGAGACCAUUAGAUGCUUUAAUGGACGCUUAGAAAGCAGUCGGGACUCAAUUGUUCGGUGUACCUACAUGAAUUUCGGGCAAUCUGAAGCACUUUCGAUCGCAAUCGAGCUUCCCUGAUCGUCAUGCCUCUCUUCCCUGUAUGAUGUGAGUGACGAAAUCUUAGAGAAUGCCAGACUUACCUGGAUACAUGAUGACUUGCUUGCAUACCGGAAAACUUGCUUCCUUGGCGAUUUUGGUCUCUGGGGGAAUUGUAUUACAAAUUUUGGCAUGUGCUUUAUUCAAUAAUUGGUGGCCAAUGCUGACAGUUUUGAUGUAUGUGCUUCUUCCCAUGCCCUUACUGUUCUUCGCAGGGUCCAAUACCUCUUCGCUCUUCUCUGAUUCUGGGAGUAGCUGGGUAAAUGCUACCAAGUUCUUAACGGGAGCUUCUGCAGUUGGAAGCAUAGCGAUACCAGCCAUCCUAAAGCAUGCUGGUGUCAUUGGGUGGGGAGCACUGGCUAUGGAGCUCUCGUCCUUUUUCGUAUUUAUAUUGGCCAUAGUUUGCUACAUUCGAAUGAAUGAUGAAGAUGGAUACGGCAUGAUUUGAGAUAUGGCGGACUCGGGUCCUCUCCAUUUAUGUGAGGCGUUGGUGUCUGUUCUGUUGCAUAUGGCUUCUCAAUUUCUUGUUCAUCUGAGAGCGGCAUAUCUAUUCUCUGUACUUGUUUGUAGAUAAAAAUGAUAUCAUUUUCUUGAUUGAUCGAGUCCUUUUGUUCAUUCAAGUAAUGACGUUCUGCCAAAUGUUGAAACUGAGAAAAUGCCGAGUUCUUGAUGUAACUGUUUAAUUCAUUUAUGGUACAAAAAUGGAUUUUGAAGCC